CUCUAACCCUCCCUUGCUUCACAGCACCCACUGUGUGAAGACCCUGCCCCCAUGGCCAGCCAUGGGAAGCCCCGGGCUGGGGAGGCCCAGCAGGAGGAAGGGGCCUCCGCAGGACAGCCAGCUGAGGUGCUGCAGCAGGCCCAGGAGCUCUUCUUGCUGUGUGACAAGGAGGCCAAGGGCUUCAUCACUCGGCACGACCUGCGGGGCCUGCAGAGCGACCUGCCCCUCACCCCCGAGCAGCUGGAGGCUGUGUUUGAAAGCCUGGACCAGGCUCACACGGGCUUCCUCACUGCCCGGGAGUUCUGCCUCGGCCUGGGGAAGUUUGUAGGGGUGGAGUCGGCCCCGGCCACGCACCACUCCCCGACUCCCGAGGAAACGUUCGAGUCCAGCUGGUUGGAUGUGCGGGGCACCGGGGUCUCUCUGGAGGAGGAAGAGGAGGAUGCUGAGCGAUUCUGCCCUGCGCUGGAGCAGCUGGGGGUGGCCCGGGCCCUGGGCGAGCAGCGGGCGGUGAGGGCGCUCUGGGCCCGGCUGCAGCGCGAGCGGCCCGAGCUGCUGGGCUCCCUGGAGGACGUUCUGGUGCGCGCCUCGGCCUGCCUGGAAGAGGCGGCCCGGGAGCGGGACGGCCUGGAGCAGGCGCUGCGGCGGCGGGAGAGCGAGCACGCGAGGGAAGUGCGCGGCCUCUACGAGGAGCUGGAGCAGCAGCUGCGGGAGCCGCGCGUCCGGCCGAGCCAGAGCCUCCCCCGGGAGGAGCUGCGGGGUCGCCUGGAACUGGAGCUGCAGAGCCGCGAGCAGGAGCUGGAGCGCGCGGGCCGGCGGCAGCGGGAGUUGGAGCAGGAGCUGCAGGCCCGGGCCGCGGAGUAUCAGGAGGCGCAGGCCCAGCACGCCCAGUUGCUGCGGGCCUACCAGGCGCUGCGGGCGCAGCUGGAGGGGGCGCAGGAGCGGCUCCGCAGGCUGGAGGGCGACGCGCGGGGCCACCAGGAGCAAACCCAAAGAGACGUGGUUGCGGUCUCCCGGAACAUGCAGAAAGAGAAACUGAGCCUCCUAAGGCAACUGGAGCUGCUCAGGGAGCUGAACACGAGGCUUCGGGACGAGAGAGAUGUUUGUGAGGCCAGGCUGUUGGGGAGCAGCCACAGGAAGGUCCUGGCCCCGGCCCGAGCACCUGGGUCCACCUGCUGCUGCUGCUGCUGCUGCUGCUGCCGCGGCUGGCCCGGGCCCCCCAGACGAGGCUCUGGCCCCCUUCCCAGUGCCUGAUGAUCAUGAGAAGUGACUCACUGUCUAUUAUUAUCUGGAGGAGCAGCUUCUUGAAGGCACCGUUUCUGGGGUGGGGGUUCAUGCAUUCAUGUGGGCUCUACCCAGCUUCCUGCCUGAAGGAAGACAGCGUCUCUUGUCUCCCUUCUUUGUUCAGCAACAGCAGCAAAGCCUUCUGUUCAAUAAAGUCCACCGAAUGCCCUGUC